AUGCACCUAGACCCCUGCCCAUCCUGGCUGGUCAAGGCGGCCAGAGGGGGUUUGYCCGAGGGGGUCAAGGUGGUGGUUAAUGCCGCCUUUCAGGAGGGCAAGAUGCCGGCCAGCCUGAAAGAAGCUUACGUCUACCUGAUUGGGCGCGAAAAAGUGAAGCAGGGCCCCGACAAAGGCUUGGUGAAGGAGGUGCUGAAACGGCAGAUCGAGUUGGAGAGGGUCCUCUUCGUGUCCCUAAGCACGAUGCAGGACGACCUCUUUGUCUUGCAUGAGCAGGAGUACGACAGUCUCCUUGAAUCGGUCUUCAAGACGGAGUUCCUGAGCCUCCUGGCCAAGCGCUACGAGGAGAGGACCUACCGGAGGCUGCCCCUGAAAUUCAGCAACACGCUGGAAGUGAAGCUGAAGAAGGAGACCUGGGGCCCCUGGAAGGCCGGUGGCUCUCGGCAGGUGCAGUUCAGCCCAGGCCAAGGAGAUGUGGCCGUCCUCAAGCCCAGCAACAAGGUGCUGCAGGUCAGCAUCGGGCCCGGACUCCCCAAGAACGCCCGUCCCACCCGAAGGAACACCAACCAAAGCCGGGGAUAUUCCAACCGGACGCAGCAAGGCCACAACUAUCCCACCAGGGCAGCGCCACCACCUCCCGGUCAGUGGCCUGUCCGGACACCAAGCAUGGCAAACCUGAGCCUCUGUGGUGUGCCUGGGAUGUUUGCAAAGCCUGGACUGAGCAAUGAGGUGGCCACCGAAGCUCUCUCCACCAAGCAAUGGGUAGAUGGUCCCCUCUGUGCCUGCAUGCGGCCUCCAGGCAACACUGCACACAAAGCCAUGUGGGAGCAUCACAUUGAGAACACCGAAAUUGCCGCCUUGCCGGAAGCUCAUGGUGAGGAAGAAGAGGUCGAAGGAGGGGAGAGGAGGCGGAGGAUGACAUUUUGGAGAAGAGGACGUUGA